CACACAGUCUGAAAACAGCUCAGCAGGCGAGACGAUCACGGGAAACGGAGGAACAGUUUUCUUUUGUAUCUUCUUCCCGCUUCCUUCCUCCCCUUCCACCUUUAUGACUUCGUGAAAACGAGAGCGACUCAGCCAUGGAGAGCUCCGUUGAGGUCCCCAAGUCAAAUCCCAAGCCAGGCCUGGCCCCCAAACCUGCGCUCGUUCCUAAGCCCUUCUCUUUGCAGAGGAACACCGCCAUCCGCUCCAUUCAUGCCCCAAAGACGUCCCCCCCGAAAACUCAAAAGUCAGAGGGUACAGGUGUCUCCAAACCGACUUUGACCACCGUUGCUCAGAAACCGUCUCAACCAACUGCCACCUCAAAUUCCAAACCAGGCUCUCAAAGUGUGGUCACCAAAAGUCAACCAAAACCAACUGAAGCUGGUGAAGCAGGUCCGCAAAAAGAGGAAACUCUUUCAAAAGAUUCUAGUGUAUUAAAAUCAGCCUCACAAACCAGUCCACCUAAGGAGACAGCAAAAACUGAGCCUGUCCAGAAAAAUGAUGUCGUCCAAACAAACCACAGCGCUCCUGGGGAGCCAGAGUUAGUUGCAGUUAACUCAGAGCAGAAAGAUGGAAAAAAGAAGGAAGAAGAAACCCAGGCUUCUGCGGUCCAAAUGCUGGAACACUCAGGCAGCAACGGUUCCCCUUCAACUGAUGAAACCUUUCAUUGGGGUGGUGCUAGGAAGCGUCUGUCCACGAAGCUCACCUCAAAGUUUGAGUCAGGUGGUCCGAUUCUGCCCCCGCAGCCUAUUACAGCCAUCACUACAGCCAACACCAAAAGCGAUUCAAAUAAGGCAGUGUCGUCUGCUCCAGAGCAGAAGCAGGCAGUACCAGAGCCUUCAAACAGAGAGAGUGAUGAAAGUUUACUGAAAGAGGAUUACAGUGGAAGAAACAGUAUAAAACGCAGAAUCAGUCAACUGUUUGACUCGAGGUCGAGACCCGAGGUCAUGCCGAAAAGAGAGGAGCCAGAAAUUUUAGAUGGCAUAGGAGGGGUGAAGGAGCGCAUCAAAAACUGGGCAGCAGAAACAAGUUCUGAGGGUCCAAAAACAGAGAAGAAGCCUCAGGCUGCAUCCCCGGCACACUCCAAGAGCUUUGAGUCUGUGACUUCUCCAACAUCAGUGAAAAUAUCCAAAACCUCAAUUUUCAAACCUUCUGCCCAAGAGCUGCCGCCGAAUCCGACUGUGGACCUGCCUUCAAAGGUCUCACCUGCUGAAGAACCAACAAAGCUCCCAAUGGAAACAUUAAAAAAUGCUCAUAGUGAAGAGAAGUCAUUGGAAAGUGCAGCAAAGACACCAGAAGAGCAAAACAAAUCAUCAGAGAGUGACCUCCAAUUGUGCAGCCCUAACCUGAGUGAAGACGUACAAAAGAAGAAUGUCAGACGUCGCUCUGUUCGCUUUGGUACUGUGCAGAGCGAUGAUGGUAGUCCUCCGCUGAUCCUAGGCUCAGAUUCUGAUUCUGACAGUGAAGAAGAAGAAGAAGAAGAAGAAGAAGCAGAAGAAGAAGAAGAAGAAGAAGAAGAGGGUCCUGGGGAUACUCCUGAGGAGGAUGUCCCCGUUACAAUGCCAGUCUAUAAAAGAGUAGGAAUUCUACAGAAAAAUUAUGACGAGAGUCAAAGUCAAGAAGAAGAAAGAUUGAAACAUCUGGAAUUUGAAGAACGACGGCAAGCAGAGGAGAAAGAAGAAGCAAAACUUAUGUUAGAAAAGGAGCAGAAAAGAGAUGAAGAAGAGAGAGAAAAAGAAAAGGCAAGACAGCAGGAAGAGCACAGGCUUAAGGAAGAGGAGAGGGCAAUACAGAAAGAAGAGAAAAUUAAACAAGAGAAGGAGGAGAGGGAACAGGAGAGGCUGAAGGAAGAGGAGAGAAGAAAAGAAGAAAGAAAGAGACAGAUUGAGAAAGAAAGAAUUGAGAUGGAGAAAAAAAUACAACAGGAAAAAGAGGAAGAGAUGGAGAGGCUGAGGCUAUUAGAAACACAGAGAGAAGAGGAGAGAAGGGAAGAGGAAAGAAAGAGACAGAUUGAGAAAGAAAGAAUAGAGAUGGAGAGAAAAAUGCAACGGGAAAAAGAGGAAGAAAUGGAAAGACUUAAGCUAUUAGAAAAACAGAGAGAAGAGGAGAGAAAGGAAGAAGAAAGAAAGAGACAGAUUGAAAAAGAAAGAACAGAGAUGGAGAGAAAAAUGCAACGAGAAAAAGAGGAAGAGAUGGAGAGGCUGAGGCUAUUAGAAAAACAGAGAGAAGAGGAGAGAAGGGAAGAGGAAAGAAAGAGACAGAUUGAAAAAGAAAGAAUAGAGAUGGAGAGAAAAAUGCAACGAGAAAAAGAGGAAGAGAUGGAGAGGCUGAGGCUAUUAGAAAAACAGAGAGAAGAGGAGAGAAGGGAAGAGGAAAGAAAGAGACAGAUUGAAAAAGAAAGAAUAGAGAUGGAGAAGAAAAUGCAACGGGAAAAAGAGGAAGAAAUGGAGAGACUCAGGCUAACAGAGAUGGAGAAGAAAAUGCAACAGGAAAAAGAAGAGAUGGAGAGGCUGACAAAGGCAGAAAAAGAGAGAGAUGAGGAGACGAGACAGAUUGAGAGAGAAGGACAAAGUCAGAAGUCAGAAUCACCAUAUCCCCUCUUACCAAAUACCUAUGAGCCCACAGAGAGUCUAAUUGACAUUGUUUAUGAUGACUUCUCGGUCAAACAGCCUCUGCUCGACAUAGAAUUUGAUGAUUUUUCAGUCAAACCAGUGAGAGUGACCUCAUUGCCUAAAAUAGAAUCUAGUCCAGUUCUCCGAACUAGCUGGGUUGACUUUAUGGACAAAGAAGAAGUGGAGGAGCUGGUGUCCCUGGAUGUCAAAACUGAGGAGGACGAGGUGGAAAAACCAGCCCAGCAUGUGAAUACACCUGCCCUGGAGGAGAGAGAAGAGGUGGAGGAAACAAAAAAUGAGCCAGAAGUGGAGCAGCUCAUCUCUCUAGAGGUGAACGAAGAGGAGGGGACAGAGACAGAGCUCGAGUACGAGGUGAAACAAGAAGAUGAGCAAGAGGAUCAAGUCAACAAUUUCUCCACAACAAAUGAAGACAAGGACACUGAUGCUUUGAUAGACUUUGAACCAGACCAGGAUGAUGGGGUCUGGGAGGAAACACCUGAAAGUAGCAGUCCACAGCCAGUCCCUGACCAAGUCCCUGAAGUCUCUGAAGAUGCUGAUGAUACUCAGAAAGAGCCAGAGUUGGCCCCUUUCCCUGAGAGUUCUGCUCCUCUCCUUGACACCAGUGCACAAAGAUCCAAGGCAGAUCUGGGAAAGAGGCUAAUCCGAACACGUCCGUCACGCGUGCGCCGUGCAGGGUUCGUUCAGAAGGAACCAACAGUGGACUUGAAGGCCCAUGACUCAGACACAGAUGAAAAGGAAACACCUUCAAAAGAAAGGGAGUCAGAUUCUGAGGAUGAACAGCCUAAGCCAAAGGUAGCCUGUUCUCAAGCUCAGCGAGUGCCAGUGUUUCCCGGCAUGAGUCCUGGAGACCUGCUUGCUCAGUUAAAAAAGAGAACGGGUGGCGGAGGAACUGGAGUGAAAGAGGAAACCGUAGAAAACAAAGAUAGAGAAGAGCAGGAACAUCAAGAUGAAGAAGUAGCACCGUCUCCCUCGGAGCUCCCACGCUCUCCUCGCAUGCCUGCUCAUCUGGCAGGAGCUACACGUGUGCUGCCACCCAUAGGUGGCAAGGACCAAGGUGGUGCCUCUUCGCCUGCUUGGCUGCAAGAGCUGAAGUCUAAGAAGCGGAUGAGUCAGUACGGGGGUGACACUUAGCCAGAUCGAGGAAACACGGUGCCAUUCAACCCAGCUGCUGCUGCCGACAGACAUGACUGCUCCAUUCUGUACUUUGAGUGCCUUAUUUGUACCUUCACUGGGAUGUUCAGGAGGAGAAUUCAUUCUUUAUCUGAACAUGUCUUUUAAAUGGAAUAUGAUGCCAAGUCUACGUGCCUGAGACUGUCAUGUUUUAAUGCCAAGUAUAUGUUACAUGAAAUUUUGUGUAAGAGGCUCAGUGGAGAGCAAAUACCAGUGUCAUUUUGAGCAAAGUCAUGGACUGUCUGACUGGAUUGUGUGAAUUUGUAAGGCUGUCAUAUACUGACAGGGACUGAUGGCACUAGGCCUUUAGCAGGGUAUCUACCUUCAAGCACGUCAGGCCUUUUUAUAGUUGUGAGGACACUCUUUGAUCACAUUUCCUAUCCCCUUAUCCCAACCCAACUCUUAUCAUAGUCCAAAUUAAAUUUUAACCUUAUUAAUACCAUCAAGUAUAAACCCUUUUAAGAGCCCUUUGAAGUUGUGAGAACCAACCUGGAUUCUCACAAUGCAGAAGUGUCUUCAAUGUGGGUUUGUGAAAAAAAAAAGUCCUUACAAACACAGAAAGACAAGUAUGAGGAUACACAUAUGUACAGAAAUGCUGAAUAUAAAUAAUGCACCUUGUGUGUAUUUAGUUUUUAAUUGUACAAAAUGCCUUUUACAUUAUGUAACCAGUCACGAAACAUCUGAAGUAAAGCUUGAAGCACUUUAAGAAAAGUUCUAGCUAAUCACCGUCCAAACAGCAACAGAGUAAAAACUGUAGUGACAGAAUCCAGGGAUUUUUUUUUCUUGUCUUCAUUUUGUUACACCAUUGGUGCCUAUCCACUGUUUAAAAUGAGAUCUCACAAGACUUAAUUAAGUACUGUCUGAUUUGUUUAACACACCUGCUAGCUGGUUAGAACAUCAACAGUGGGCUGAGAGGAUAUUGGGGGGGAAAUAACAGAAUCAGAAAGAUAAGAGAAAAUCUUUAAAGUAGAAAAAUGCAAUAAUGUGCUGGAGGUUUUAUGUGCCUUUUUAAUGUUUAAGAAUGAAUGUCAUCAAAACUGAAUUUAUUUUGAUCAACUUACUGUUAAAGGGAAAUUGAGGGAAUUUUAUUAAAAAGUUUUCUAUGAAAUGAA